CGAAACAUUCUCAGUCCUCCGUUGCACACUGAACUAUCUCUCUCUCUCUCCCUUCCUUUCCUAUCUUUCUCUCUUAAGUCUUAUCCCUAUCACACACAAUCGAUCGAACUCAGAUCCCCUGCAGUUCAUAAUGGACAAGCGCGCAGCUGCGAGAAACCCACACGCUUCCACCGCCGAUCUCCUCACCUGGUCGGAGGUUCCUCGCCCCGAUUCCCCGGCGACCCCUCGCUCCGCUACCCGCUCCUCCCAUCAGCCGUCGGAUAAAAUCAGCAAGGUGGUGUUCGGAGGCCAGGUCACCGACGAGGAAGCUCAGUCUCUCUCCAGCGCGAAGCCAUGUUCAGGGUAUAAGCUGAAGGAAAUGACUGGUAGUCGCAUUUUUGGAGCUGAAGGCACCGCAGAUGAUGCAUCUGAAACAAAUCCUACUAACCCUAAUGCUAGAACCACGGUUCGUAUAGUUCAGCAAGCCACAAAUGGGAUCAGCCAAAUCUCGUUUGGCACGGAAGAGACAGUCUCUCCCAAGAAGCCUAAUUCUAUAGCUGAAGUGGCUAAGCAACGUGAGCUGAGUGGAACUUUACAAACCGAUUCUGAUUCGAAGAACAAGAAACAGAUAUCGAAUGCGAAAAUCAAGGAGAUCAGUGGGCAUGAUAUCUUUGCACCUCCACAAGAACCAGCUCCCCGAUCUGUGCAUGUUGCACGCUCCCUGGAGUCCAGGGAGAACAACAAGGACAUUGGUGAACCUGCUCCCCGGACCAUUCGCACUUCUGUCAAAGUGUCUAAUCCUGCUGGUGGCCAGAGCAAUAUCCUAUUUGGCGAAGACCCAGUGGUGAAGACAACAAAGAAGAUACACAACCAGAAGUUUCAGGAGCUAACAGGAAACAACAUAUUCAAGGGAGAUGUUCCACCUGGAUCAGCUGAGAAGACAAUAAGCACAGCCAAACUUAGAGAGAUCAGUGGCAACAACAUCUUUGCUGACGGAAAGGCAGAAUCCAGGGACUACUUCGGUGGUGUUCGCAAACCCCCAGGUGGCGAGAGCAGCAUUUCACUCAUAUAAACUGCUUCUAACUGUUCCCUUCCAUCACCAGUUGCUACUGGGGUCAAGAUCAAUGUCAUCCAUCCCCUAGAACUCCAUAACCAGAAUAUGCUGUUGGCUUUAGUUUAGUUUCUGGGAUUCCGGGGUCUAUUGGUGUUGGCUUUCGCUUUCCGCCUUUUGUCUUUCUUUAUUCACCACCUUAACUUAACCACGUAUGCCAUUGCCUUCGAGUGCUGGACUUCACAGGCUUGUGGAGUUACCUAUGUACUGCUAUUCCCCACUGGACAAAACUUUAGACUCUUUAUAUAUUAAGCUACAUGGGCUUAUCCUUAACAAUGUAUGUAGGGCUGUUUUUUGGUAGCUGAUAAAUGAAGGUGUACUCAUCACCGGAGGAACAGACCGCAAGGGAGCAUCAGACCGGGAUAUGAUUAGGGUAGUCCAUUCGGUUAUUAGAAAGACUAUUUCAGAUAAUGAUAGGGUAGUCAAUUCGCUCACUAGAAAAACUAUUUAUUUGUUGUGUGAAGGAUUGGGUUGUAUCUUUGUGUUGUUGGCUAUUCCAAUAAGCUUUUUUGAGGUUAUGGAAAUGAGCUUUUUCGGUGACUAGAAAGAUUUUUUCUUUGUGUCAUAGGAUUUGAUUUUGGGUUAAUACCUUAAAAUGGUCUGAAGCAUACGUGUGCGUAAAGCCUUGAUGGGACAUUUAUUCUGCCAACAAUAUCAUCAACACUAAAGAGGUCGUUUGCUUGUAGGAUUCUGAAAAAUCAAGGAUUUGUAUAAAAUCCUGGAUUUUAUCAUAGAAUGAUUAUGUGGGAUUUUGUCAUUUUGGAUUUGUGUUGGAUUUGCAAAAGUACUUGUUUGCUUCAUGGAUUUUGUAUUGGAUUUAUGGUCCUUGUAAUUGAUUAGUUAAAGGUUGAAUUUACGAUUUUAUCCUUAUUAACUACCAUCUCCAAGAGAAGAACAAAAGCUCCUGCCCUCCGCCAUUACCUUCUCCAUCUCCUUCCAAGUUUAUUUUACAGUUUAAUCCGCCAACACCACUUGUUCCUUGUGGCUAGCUAACUAAAUUUAUAUGGACUAAAUAAAAAACUGCAGCAACUUACACAAACUUGCAGCAGCUACUAAGCAACCUCAAACGUGUUCAAAACUUAUAAUGAUGACAACUUUCAGCAGGUAACGCAAAUUUGCAGCAGGUGCUAAUAGAAAUUUGUAACUUACAAUAACGACAACAAAAAUUUGUAGCAGCUACUUCAUAACAAGAAUAUGUCCAAAGUUGUAGCAACUACUUCACUCGAGAAUGGGAGACGGAGGAAGCUUCAUACGGUACACAAACGGGAAUGUGAUGGAGGCUGCUUGUCAAACCCUACAAAUAAUAAUGAGGGCAACAUCAGAAUAUUGGAAAUAUAUAAGGUUACUUUUGUCAUUUGUUUUCAUGGAUUAUGGCUCUUCCCAAAAUUCCACCAAAAGAGGUUUGAUUUUAUAAUCCGUGAACCCCACGGAUUUUGAUCCCACUAUAAUCCCUUAUGCAUGGGUCCCACAAGAACUAAUCCAACACAAUUUUUGAAACAAACAUGGACUUUGUCCAUAAAUCCUGUAAGUGUGGGUUUUUAGCCCAAAAUCCUUGAUCAAAAUCCCAAUAGCAAACGACAUCUAACAAAGCAUUAACUCGUUUGCUUGUUGGAUUGGAAAAUGAAGGUUUUUUAGUUUUGAAAACCUUUGGAUUUGUGAUGGAUUUGUUUCAAUUGGUAUUUGAAAGAUAUCAUUGUUUGUUUAGUUGAUUUUGAUCAUGGAUUUAAAGAUUUUUGUACCAUGGGUCUCAACUCCUUGCCUUCAAUGACCAAAUACCAAAUGAAAUGUGGUAUUUGCA